CAUUUGGAUUUGAUAAGACUUUAAUGUUGUUUGUGUGAAUUGUGUACAUAGUUUAACGUAACCUCAUAUUUCCUGUUUGUAAAAUAUCAAAGUAAAAGCUUGAACUCGUGAUAGCUGCGUGAUCAUUUCAAAAUAACAGGAAGUGGACCUGACUCUUUGGACCGUGGAGGUGAACAAUGAGCCAGCCGGUGAUGACGCAGCCUCAGCAGCUCUUUGUUUCCUCGCUGGAAGCUGAUUGGGCUUCAGGGAUCUGCGACUGCUGCGAUGACAAGAAGCAAUGCUGCUUUGCCUUCUGGUGCUGUCCCUGCUUCGCCUGUCGAACCACCAAACAGUUCGGUCAGUGUCUCUGUCUCCCCCUGCUGGACGUGUUCGGCUGCGUCCAUCCCAUCACGAUGUCCAUCAGGGUGUCGUUGCGUCAGCGCUACGGCAUCAAAGGGAAUCUCUGCACCGACUGUUUGUGCUCCACCUUCUGUCUGCCCUGCGUUUGGUGUCAAAUGGCCACCGAGAUGAAGAAGCAGAAGCUCCCCACCAUGUUCAGUGACAUCAUCAGCCAGUGAUGAUGUCAUCAGCAUGAAGUCAUUGCCCCAGACCGGCCCGUCACAGCCCAGCUCCGCACCAGCAGAAAUCAAUAAUCAAUGAUCAUCAGUGUUUACUGCAUUUAUCACUUAUUUGUUUUUAACAAAUCUGUUGUUUUGUUCUGUUGUUCAUCUGUUUACUCGAUUUAAAUGGUUGUUAGCUUAAAUUCAUUAAAAUUAAAUUCAUGCUUGUGACUGAGCUUAAAGAUGAAUCGAGACUGUGGAGAGAAGCUCAGCUCAGAUCUGAUAUUUAAUCAAUGCACAAAUAUUCAGUUCGUGUGAGCUUUGGAAGGUGAUUUCAGGAUUCAGAAUUUACAUGAAAUCAUUUAAAUGAUUUUACACAAUUCAAGUUUGGCUUCUAGCCAAAUUCAAUACUGACAAAAUAAAAACCUUUAACUUUAAAAAAUGGAAAUUGUAUUUAAACUUUUUUUUAAUUUCUUCCAGAUCAAAUGUAAUUAAAUAAAUACUCUGAAUAAU